AACGACACGCAAAUAAAGCGGGUAAAUAAUAGACAAAGCACACGUGGUAGUGGAGGAAAUGAACAGUUUGUAGAAUUACUCAGUAGUUCUGCAUGCUUUGGUGAUGAUGGAUAAACAAACCAGCAAAAAUUUAGUCAAAGAUGCGUUUCACAACAAUAACGAAGUUGAGUGGCUCCAAUUUCCCUACAAAAUUAGUGACGUUGACGAAAAAAUUAAUUUGGAACUUUUGAAAGAUUUCACAGGCGAAAGGACAGGAUUCAUACAAGUUGGACCGAAAAAAUGGUUCUUUCCUAACGCUUUUAAGAAAACCCUUGAAAUCUAUUAUAAUUUUCAACCAAGGCCUACUGAUGUUUGGAUUGUGACAUUCCCGCGAUCAGGUACCACAUGGGCACAAGAAUUGUUAUGGUUAUUGUCAAAUGAUUUGAAUUACGAAAAAGCCUCUCAAAUUCCCCUCGAUGCCAGAUUUCCUUUCUUGGAAUUUAGUUCUUUUGUCCACCCAGAUGUCAAGGAAGAAUUUUUGAACGAAAAUCGUCAUUCUGAUGAAAAAUGUGCUCUCAUUAACGAGGUUACAGCACCGGCAUGGAAAAUAUUGGCCGAAACAACGGAAAGAAGGUUCAUUAAGACACACUUACCAUUUCAGUUGUUGCCACCAAAUUUGUUAAAAAUUGGAUGCAAAGUGAUUUACGUUGCGCGAAAUCCCAAAGAUGUCGCUGUGUCGUUUUACCACUUGAAUCGUCUAUUUCGGACCCAAGGUUACACCAAUGACUUUCCGAAAUAUUGGUAUUAUUUUAAAAAUGGACUUCAACCCUGGACCCCUUAUUGGGCACACAUCGAGGAGGGCUGGGAGACACGACAUGAAGAAAAUCUUCUUUUCAUGUUUUAUGAAGAUAUGUUAAAAGAUUUGCAAUGUUGUUUACGAAAGGUAGCAACUUUUCUCGGCGUUAAAUAUUCAAACCAAGAAUAUGAAAAAUUGCAAGAGCAUCUAAAAUUUGAAAAUUUUAAAAAUAACAAGUCCGUAAACGCAGAACUAUUGAAAGAUUUGGGUAUAUUGAAAGGUGACGAAGAAGGUUUUGUGAGAAAGGGGAAAAGUGGGGGUUGGAGGAAUUAUUUCAUAGGAGAGCUAAAGAAAGACGCUGAUAUUUGGAUUGAAGACAAUUUAAAGAAAACUGGUAUUCAGUUUCCAACAGAGAAUUUGUAUAAUAAUUAAGUCGUAAUAAAAAUUUAAACACAAA